AUAUAUAUUAGUAAGAGGUAGGCUUGGUAGAUGAAAUAGUUGUUUUUUCCGUUAGGCAGUGAUGGAGAGUUUGCGCCUCUGCUUCCACAAUUUCUUAUCUUUCCAUCUCUCCAUCAUUGCUAAAAUUUUCCGGUGGUUAUUCUCCUCUUUGCCUACCAUCAAACGCUUCCCUCUCUUCGUUCCUUUCAUCGACGCUUAUAUAUCCCUCUUAUUCCGAUUUGCCAACUUAUCACCAUGCACCCUCGAUCUAGACGACCAAACCACCAUCCAUUUCUGGGCUCCCAAUCACCGGCGUUACGAUAAACCAAAUCUCGUCCUCAUCCACGGUUACGGAGGCGAUGCCAAAUGGCAAUUUAUGUACCAAGUCAAAUCACUGGCUGAAUCCUUCAACCUCUACAUUCCGGAUCUGUUAUUCUUCGGUAAAUCUUAUACAACUCGGAAGGAACGAACGGAGGAGUUUCAGGCGAAAUGCGUGGUGCAAGGGUUAAAGGAAUUGGGAGUGAGAAAUUGUUCGAUGUUUGCAAUUAGUUAUGGGGGAUUUGUUGGGUAUCGAAUGGCGGAGAUGAAUCCGGAAAUGGUGGAGAAAGUAGUGAUAUUGAGUAGUGGAGUGGGUUGCUCGAAAGAUCAGAAGGAAGAGCAGUUGAAAAAGAUUGGAAGAGAUCCGGUUGAAUUGCUGAUACCGGCGAAACCAGAGGAUCUGCAUGUCCUCGUAAACUUAUCAAUUUACAAGUACAAUCCUUUCAAGUGGGCCCCUGAUUACUUCCUCCAAGAAUUCAUUGAUAUGAUAAGUAGGACUUACCUGAAGGAGAAGCAAGAGCUAGUGCACCACUUGCUGUCCAAUCAUACAGAUUGCAGAUUGCCCAUCCUAAAUCAGGAAACUCUGCUUAUUUGGGGUGACAAGGACAGAGUCUUCCCUCUUAUGUUCGGCUACCAGUUGCAAAGGCAUUUGGGGCCAAGAGCAAAGUUGGAAAUUAUAAAAAACACAGGACAUGCAGCAAACAUUGAGUCUCCUGAUUCUGUCAAUGCUUUGAUUAAAGCCUUUAUCUUGCCGCAAAGCAAAGACUUAUAGGGUUGACACUGGGAUUGAUCUUGAUACUGCUAGGCUUAGCUGGUGGGGGUUCUUGCUCCCUAUGUUACAUAUCUCUAUUACUUUCUCAUUGUUUGUAAAUAAUGAAACUACUAAUGGGACUUUGAAGUAUUACCAAGUCUCCUAGAUGAUAUAAAUCAAGUUGAUUA